AUGGCAGGUUUUAUAAAAGCUUCCGAGUUAUUAAAUUCAAAAAACGAUACUGCCAUUUUAGAUGAACUAAAAGAUAAAUUUACUCAUAUGCAAAAUGCUCAACUUACUGAAAUACAUAAAGAAACUUUAAAAUCAUUCAAUUCUAAAGAAAUACAUGACCGUCCUUGUGUAAAAACUUUACAAAAAUAUAUUACUAUAUCGAAACCUAAAAAUACUCAACAAAAUACUUGUUUAUGGUUUUCUAGAUUUGAGAAAUUUGUGAAGAGCACUCAACCGGAUAUAGAUUUACUUACACUUUAUGAUAAAAAAGUUAUUGCAGUGCUUUUAUGUGAAUUUAUAGUAGUUAUAAAAACAAGAGAAAAAAAUGAAUUUAAAGCAAAUUCAUUAUACAAUAGAAUAUGUGCUAUUAAUAAGUUUUAUCAAGAAUUAUUCAAAACUAAAGAAUCAUUUAAUAUACAUGAAGAUUAUGAGUUUAAGGCAGUAUGCGAUACCUUGUAUACCAGAAUAAUUGAGUUAGAAGAAAUUAAUAAUGGUAAUUAUAAUGGAGCUGAUCCUCUUACUGAUGAAGAAAUGAUUCAAAUCUUUGAGCAUCCUAAUAUGUCAAAUAAUACACCAGAUGGAUUAUUAAGAAGAGUUUUUUAUGGAUAG